ACCCCGGGCCCUCCCACAGGAGAUCCAGGAAGACCGUCGGCAGGCGGAGCAGGGGGGCAUGUCUGUGACCACGCCGGGGCUCCUCCGACCUGAUGGCCUCACUGUCACCAUCAGCCAGGUUCCCGGUGAGAAGCGAGUGGUCAGCAGGAACUGGACAAGGGGCACCCUCGGACCCCAAGUGGCCAAUGAGAUGCUUGAGCAGGAGGACACAGAGGACUACAGGGGUACUUUCUGCCUGGGGCAGCGGGUGGAGCUGGCUGUGACCAUGGAAAACAAAGCUGAGGCCAAGCGGAUCGUAAGUGAAAAGCCCAGCAAAGCAAGGAACCAGGGCACAGAUGGGUCACCUGGAGGGCGUGGGGGCCGGAGCCCCUCCACACCAGUGGCCAUCAGCUCGGAUUCUGCAUGGAAGGGUGCUCGGGAGCGCCGGAGACAGCCAGUGGGGGAGCCCCCAGAGGCAGGCUGGGACUACGCCCAGUGGAAGCAGGAGCGGGAGCAGAUCGACCUGGCCCGCCUCGCCCGGCACAGAGAUGCACAGGGUGACUGGCGCCGCCCAUGGGACCUGGACAAGGCCAAGCCCACGCUCCGGGACUGCAGCAAGCCUGGGGAAGAGGGCCCGGCCAGGGUGGGCAGCAGAAGGGGUCCCAGGAGCCACCGGAAGCUACAGCCCCCACCAUUGCCCCCUGAUGGAAAAGGUCGAGGUGGGCAAUCUGGCAGACCCUCGAUGGCAUCAGCCACAGGCAGCAAAGCCCGAGGGAAGGAGAGGCUGACUGGCAGGGCCCGAAGGUGGGACAUGAAGGAAGACAAAGAGGAGCUGGAGAGUCAGGAGGGAAACCAAAGCACCAGACAGACUGCCAGUGAGGAGGAACUCGCGCAGAGGCAGAGUGGGGUGGAGCUGUGCAGUCCGGGGAGCACCCCGGCAACCGGCCUGGCUCUGGCACCCCCAGAGGGGCCAAAAGGGGAGUCUGGUGCUCCCACGGCCAUCUCCAUCCCUGGCUCUUUGCAGGAGACUGACAUGACUCCCCUUGACCUCUCCCUGGGAGGGGCCAGCAGCCCUGGGCCUGCGGAGAGCACAGAGAGCACAUGUGCACUGAAUCCAAGGCCUGGGCCCCAGGAGAGGCCUGUGUCCCACGAAGAUGGCUCCAAGCAGGGGUGGAACGACCACCAGGCUGAGCUGCAAGUCCAGACUUGUUCUGAGCCACAGAGAGGAGCAGGGCCCCUAGAGCCCAGAGUAGACAGGUCUGGCAAGGCUGGGGCCCAGCAGGGACUGGCACAGAGAAGCAGGCCCCCCAGAGGAAGCAGCCAAAGGGCAAGAGGCACAGGAGGUGUGAGGAGCAGGAUGGGGGGUCCUGGCCCUGCAGGAAGAUGCUGAGCAAAGCCCCUGGGAGCUGGGGAGCCAGGUGGGGAGAGGAAAUGGGAAGAACCAGUCUUCUGUGUGAUGGGCAUCUGGUUGCUGGUGGCUUGUGCCAGUUGGACUGAGCAAUGUGGCAAACUCUCCUUCAAGGUGACCUUGUGAGGGCAAGGAGGUGCCUCCUCCCUGCACAUCAUGUGCUCGUCCCUGUGCACAUGUGUGUUUUCACACGCAGGCACAGCCCCUGGUGUGUUCCCACACUGGCACCUGGUGUCUGAGGCUGCUGAGCCCUGACCUGGGCCUAUCGCUGCCUUCUCUGCCAUGGCGAGAGACCAAGGCUUGGCCGCCCUUAGCACCUGGUUCUCCUGGCUUCCUGUCAUCCUCCAGGACCUGGCCUCCCUCUCCAGCUGCCGAAUCCUUGGGUCCAGGCAGCCUCCUCAGCUGGCAUGGCCAGCCCAGGCUGGGCCCUUUCCCAUGGCCCUGCCUUGCACCCAGGUGACUCAGUCCCAGACUCACAGGAUGGCUGAACCGGGGGAAUCUCUGCAAGCUUCCUGCCUCUCCUGAAGAGGAGGCUGAGGCCCAGAGAAAAGCUUGCAGGACUGGGCUGGGAAUAGACGAAUAGAGCUCAGGUCUUCUCCAUGGAAAGGAAGGUCUCUGGAAAGGCCUCCUCUCUGAAAUGGGAGGGAACCUCCUCGCCCUACAGCAGGGUGGGAGCUCACGGCCAGGCCCUCUCCCCCAGGCCAGACAUUACAGGCACCCUGAAUGGAGGCAAGGGCCUGGCCUUGCAGCCCAGAGUCACUUCCCACCCUUUUCUACUUCUCUUUUCCCCACUGCCCACACCAGGGCCAUGCAAAAGCAAGGACUCAGACAGGGACUCAAGAGACGGAGAAACAGUGGCAUGACAUCAGGACUUAUCUUUCCUGCUUAGUCUCCGUUCCGGCCCCUCCCCUGAGGCCCACGUCUGGUGAAUUAUCCAGACUCCGCACAAGCUGUGGCUUCCUCUCAAUUCAACAAACAUUUCCUGAGCACCCACUACCAGAAAUCCAGCCUGUAGGCGAUGGUGACUUUGCCAGCAAGAGGAAGGGAAGAAACCCAGUCAUCCGGCAGAUACAGGUUGGACAGUGGGAGCUGUUCUCGCUGUAGGUGCCUGACCAGGGCUGGGCGCAGGAUGGUGGUAGGAGCCCAGAGGAACCAUUCCACUGCUGCUUGGCAGAGGCAGGUGCUCCUCCUUCUUGUUAUCCUGUCCUCUGCCCUAAGCCCUUGCCUGGGUCUCACCAUGUGGUCCCUUCUGCUCCCCUCCUCUCUGGUCCUGCCAUGGCUGUCCCUCUCUGCUGAGGGUCAUGGGUCUCACGUGCUCUAGCAAGAAUCCAGAUCCAACCCAGGACUUCUGCACUAUUCAGUGAGAAGCCUAAAGCUUGGGGUCUCAGCUUGGGUUUCCUCACUGUCUCUCAGCUCCAUCCUCCACCCCUCUAUUGGGGAGGCUGGGGGUGGUAUCUCUUCAGCAGAUCAGACUGUUUAGAGAAGAACUUCUCCCACUUUAGCAUGAAGAGUAAUGCAGAUUCUAAUCCAGUCGGUCUGGGGGCUGCUGGUUCCUGGACUAUGCUCUCGUGUAGUGAGGGUUUGGACUUCAGUAUACUAUACAGAGGGCUGGAGGUGAAGACAGACUUUAGACUCCAAAGUGUGCUGCUGGCUGUGUAAGUGUUGGGGGGAGUGCUACCCCCUGCCAGGUGGUGGGGACAGGAAUUGGGUGAGAGGCUGAGGGUCCUGGGGAAGAAGCUUUAGAGGGCAGUGAGUAGGUGGUGCCCACUUCUCGUAGUGCACAGCGAGGGAGCUGGUCAGGAAUGGGAUGGGGUGAAGGGCGUGGAAGAGGUUGGUGUGGGGUUGAUCAGAGAAAUUUUGGAGAGGCUUGGAAACAUUCCUAUGUAUGUGAGACAUACUUAGGCUAUGGAUGAAGAGUCCAAGCUCAAGUUUUUCUCUUGCCUUCCAGUCACAAGUAUACAUCUCUGGAGUGUGGCACAGGCCCCGGAAUCCAUGAAUUCCAAAGGAUGGGGCCACUAUAGAGUGGGUUCAGGUGGAGCCCUUGAAUUCAGGUGUCUCCAGAAAUGAUUGUGAUCAAGAAUUUGAGUUCUGGCUGGGUGCGGUGGCUCAUGCCUGUAAUCCCAGCA